AAAAAAAGUAGUGUCGUACAUAGGCCCAAAUGGCGUUUGUAUAUAUAUAUAUUUUUUGUUUUUUUACUUUAUUUUUUAGGGAAAGCUAAGUGGGGUUGGUUGGUGAGUGAUUGAUUUUUGUGCCGAAUGCCGCGCCUAUAAACACACUUCCCACUCUCUUCUCUUAGAUCUGAAUCUGAGCUUCACUCUCCUCAUACCUACUCACACUCUCUCAUUUCUUCUUUUUUUUCCAUUUUCUCUCCUUAAUCUCAUACUAAAAUGGAGACUGAAGGAAUUCUCUUGGGUAUGGGAAAUCCUCUUUUGGAUAUCUCCGCUGUUGUUGAUGAUGAAUUCUUACAGAAGUAUGACAUCAAAUUGAACAAUGCCAUUCUUGCUGAAGAGAAACAUCUGCCUAUGUAUGAUGAGAUGGAUAAGAAGUUCAAGGUGGAUUUUAUUGCUGGAGGUGCUACUCAAAAUUCAAUUAGGGUUUGCCAGUGGAUGCUCCAAAAACCCGGUGCCACUAGCUACAUUGGUUGCAUUGGCAAAGACAAGUUUGGAGAGGUGAUGAAAAGUGACGCAACAAGUUCUGGUGUAAAUGUUCACUAUUUUGAACAUGAAUCUGUACCUACUGGUACUUGUGGUGUUUGUAUUGUUGGUGGUGAAAGGUCAUUAGUUGCUAACUUGUCUGCUGCCAACUGCUACAAGGUUGACCAUUUGAAGAAACCUGAAAACUGGGCAUUGGUCGAGAAAGCCAAGUUCUACUACAUUGCUGGGUUUUUCCUUACUGUAUCUCCGGAAUCCAUUCAACUUGUGGCUGAGCAUGCAGCUGCAAAUGACAAGAUUUUCAUGAUGAAUCUCUCUGCUCCAUUCAUCUGUGAAUUCUUCAAGGAUCCUCAGGAGAAAGCUUUGCCAUACAUGGAUUAUGUUUUUGGCAAUGAAACAGAAGCAAGAGCUUUCUCCAAAGCUCAUGGUUGGGAGACUGACAAUGUGGAGGAGAUCGCCAUAAAGAUUUCCAGGUGGCCCAAGGCAUCAGGAACUCACAAGAGAAUCACUGUGAUUACUCAAGGUGCUGACCCUGUUGUUAUUGCCGAGGAUGGCAAAGUGAAGUUAUUCCCUGUACCAGUGUUGCCCAAAGACAAACUGGUCGAUACCAAUGGAGCAGGUGAUGCUUUUGUUGGAGGAUUUUUGUCCCAAUUACUUCAGGGAAAACCUAUUGAGGAGUGUGUUAGGGCUGGUAACUAUGGAGCAACUGUUAUCAUCCAAAGGUCAGGCUGCACGUACCCUGAGAAGCCUGACUUCAACUGAGGAAAGCCAGUUCUCACCUACUCGCAUUAUAGUAGAGUGGUUGUGACGAGUCGUUUAUGGUUUAUUCUCAUUUUUGUAGUUUGAGAGCUUGGUCUUCCUAGUGUUAUUGAUGUUCAAGGAUCUGGUUAUUCAGUUUGCUUCCCCAGAAGCAUAUGAUUUUAUUAUAGAUCAUUGUUGUGGAUUUAUAAUCUGCUCUAUAUGUAUUCAGAAUUUUAAUAGAGAUGGACACAGUUCCACAAAAUAAACCGAAUUUGAAAAAUCAAUCCCAAACCCCCAGCAUUGGAAGA